AUGUUUAAAAAAGACAUAUCCGCGGGUGCACGAUCGAAAGUAAAGUCUUCAGUACAGAGAUCUUUAAGGGCCAAGUUCUUGGAGACCCAUCCUGGGUUCGAGCCGUAUAUCGAUGAAGUUCUACCAAAGAAGGCUUCACUCGAAGCCAUGAAGCUCCCUGAUCGAGUCACCCUCUACAUUGCAGAUUCGAAACCAAUUUUCUUCCAAUCCAUGGACAGCCCUCUCAUCCCUCACCUUCGUGUUCUCCAUGCCUUCCCUAACGCGGUGCCUACGGUUGGAAUCGACAGAGGCGCAAUUCGGUUUGUUCUUUCCGGUGCUACAUUAAUGGCACCUGGCCUUACAUCGGCGGGCGGGAGACUGCCUGACCCAGAGAACGCGCUGGAAGCUGGCACUAUAGUGGCCAUCAGAGCAGAGGGGAAAGAAGAGAUAUGCAUGGUUGGGGAGCUUAAGGUGGGCACCGAGGAAAUUAAAAAGAAAGGCAAAGGCGUUGUUAUGGAUGAGGGUCAUUAUCUGGGCGAUGGGCUCUGGAAACUCAACUUCGAUUAA